AUGGAACACAGUUUCCUUAGAAAUAUUAUCGAUAUUGGAAGUUUAGAUCUUAUGCUGAGUGAAAAAGAAAUGAAGGACAUGCUAGCUUCUCAUUGCAAACGUGCAGGAGUGAAGGAGAAAAGUGCCAAUUUUGAUGUUGAUGCAGUUUGUAUUCAGAAGUCUCUUGAGCAAUUGACAGGAACAUUUGUUGUGAAGAAUAACGAUGCUUAUUCUUUAUCACAUGACCGUUUGUUUGAAACCAUUGCUUACCUACAUGCUUUGGAAUUCCCUGAACAGGUGGUGGAUUCACUGCCAAGUAGUUACAUUGCAAACAAUGUUCAUGUUACGAGUGCUGCUUUUGCUGGACAUGAAUCAGUGAUAGAAUUCCUUGUUGAAGAGGGAGCCGACGUAAACCUGCAGGAUCACACAGCUGAAGAGGACACCCCUCUCACCACAGCCUGCAGACUGGGGUAUACCACAGUGGUACAAACACUCUUACGCUUCAAGGCAGACAUCAACCAGCUGACUCUGUGGGCAGAAAUCAUAUUGCAUGAAGCAAAAGAAAGAGGUUCUGGUGAUAUUGUGAAAUUGUUGGUUGAGAAGAAGGACGAUACAACUUUGGUAGACAAGGAUGGAAUAUUGGCCGUUACACUUGCAAAUAAAUCAAAUACAAACGUCAUAAUACCACGGAUCAUCUCACAGUGUAAAAAUACAACCUCAUUUUGCAAAACGCUUAUUCAAGAACUAAUACAAAUGAUAAGUGAUAAAUUCUACAGAACCGAAACUACACCAACCAGUAUAACAGACAAACCCUUUUCGUGUCUUUUGGAUGUACUCACCAUGUCGGAAUUAAAUAAUUCUUUACCCCAGGACUGGCAUUCUCUCUGUUUGCGCCAUUAUAUUUCAACAGGACAUCAAUCUACAUUGAAGUGUUUAUUAAGUCAUGGAUACCACAUCAGUCGCAUCAAUCCUUCCUUUCAAAAAAUAUUGUUUACUGCAUCACAGGAAGGACAUACUGAGAUAGUCAAACAUUUAGUAGAACACGGUGCUGAUGUCAAUAUUUGUAAUAACAAGAAUGUUAUACCGCUCUGUAUAGCAUCACAGGAAGGACAUACUGAGAUAGUCAAACAUUUAGUAGAACACGGUGCUGAUGUCAAUAUUUGUAAUAACAAGAAUGUUACACCGCUCUGUAUAGCAUCACAGGAAGGACACACUGAGAUAGUCAAACAUUUAGUAGAACACGGUGCUGAUGUCAAUAUUUGUAAUAACAAGAAUGUUACACCGCUCUGUAUAUCAUCACAGGAAGGACACACUGAGAUAGUCAAACAUUUAGUAGGACACGGUGCUGAUGUCAAUAUUUGUAAUGACGAGAAUGUUACACCGCUCUUAAUAGCAUCAGAGAAUGGACACGUUGAGAUAGUCAAACAUUUAGUAGAACACGGUGCUGAUGUCAAUAUUUGUAAUAACAAGAAUGUUAUACCGCUCUGUAUAGCAUCACAGGAAGGACACACUGAGAUAGUCAAACAUUUAGUAGGACACGGUGCUGAUGUCAAUAUUUGUAAUGACGAGAAUGUUACACCGCUCUGUAUAGCAUCACAGAAUGGACACACUGAGAUAGUCAAACAUUUAGUAGAACACGGUGCUGAUGUCAAUAUUUGUGAUGACGGGAAUGUUACACCGCUCAAUUUUGCAUCAGAGAAUGGACACACUGAGAUAGUCAAACAUUUAGUAGAACACGGUGCUGAUGUCAAAAUAUGUAAUGUCAGAAGUGCUACACCGUUUGUUAUGGCAUCACAGAAAGGACACACUGAGAUAGUCAAACAUUUAGUAGAACACGGUGCUGAUGUCAAUAUUUGUAAUGCGAGAUAUAUUACACCACUCUUUUUGGCAUCGCAAAAUGGACACACUGAGAUAGUCAAACAUUUAGUACAAUACGGUGCUGACGUCAAUGUUUGUGAUUACGAGAAUGUUACACCGCUCUGUAUAGCAUCACAGAAUGGACACACUGAGAUAGUCAAACAUUUAGUACAAUACGGUGCUGACGUCAAUGUUUGUGGUUACGAGAAUGUUACACCGCUCUGUAUAGCAUCACAGAAUGGACACACUGAGAUAGUCAAACAUUUAGUACAAUACGGUGCUGACGUCAAUGUUUGUGAUUACGAGAAUGUUACACCGCUCUGUAUAGCAUCACAGAAUGGACACACUGAGAUAGUCAAACAUUUAGUACAAUACGGUGCUGACGUCAAUGUUUGUGAUUACGAGAAUGUUACACCGCUCUGUAUAGCAUCACAGAAUGGACACACUGAGAUAGUCAAACAUUUAGUAGAACACAGUGCUGACGUCAAUAAUGCUACACCGCUCAAUAUGGCAUCACAAAAUGGACACACUGAGAUAGUCAAACAUUUAGUAGAACACGGUGCUGAUGUCAAUAUUUGUAAUGACGAGAAUGUUACACCGCUCUUUAUAGCAUCAGAGAAUGGACACGUUGAGAUAGUCAAACAUUUAGUAGAACAUGGUGCUGAUGUCAAUAUUUGUAAUGACGAGAAUGCUACACCGCUCAAUAUGGCAUCACAAAAUGGACACACUGAGAUAGUCAAACAUUUAGUAGAACACGGUGCUGAUGUCAAUAUUUGUAAUGACGAGAAUGUUACACCGCUCAAUAUAGCAUCACAGAAUGGACACACUGAGAUAGUCAAACAUUUAGUAGAACACGGUGCUGAUGUCAAUAUUUGUAAUGAUGGGAAUGCUACACCGCUCAAUAUGGCAUCACAAAAUGGACACACUGUAAUACUCAAACAUUUAGUAGAACAUGGUGCUGAUGUCAAUAUUUGUAAUGACGAGAAUGUUACACCGCUCAAUAUGGCAUCAUAUAAAGGACACACUGAGAUAGUCAAACAUUUAGUAGAACAUGGUGCUAGUGAUGACAUUGUUACACCGCACUGUAAUCCAUCCUGUAGUUAGCUUUUUAAACUAUGUCUUAGCUGAUUAAAAAUCGUAAAAGCACAAAUUCAAGUAAAUUGAUUUCUUUGAGGUUGUGUGAAUUUAAGUUGGAGUAAAUUUUGACCCCGUUUGUCUUAGAUGUGGUCAUAAUAUGGUUUCAAAUAUGCGCCAUCACAAUCUGCAUUAACACAUUACUACACAGUACAUACGGGUUCUUUACAGAUCAAUAUUGUUUCAUUCAUUUAAAAAUUAAGGUUAAAAAACUAAUUAAAAAACCUUUUGGAGUGUAUUCACAUGUUCCCCAUUUCCCUUUGGGUUCGUACUUGAGGUGAAAUGAUACAUAAAGUUUAAAAAUUGCACUACAGGAUCACAAUAGCUAGAAUUU